UCGUUACAAACGUGAUUAUAAGUUCCGUAAGAUGUGUGUUUUUACAGCGUGUGAGUAGGCAAGGUGGAGGGUUAUGUUCUGCCUUCAGGGGGCUCAUUUGUGAAAUCCCGGAUGACUAUAUUGCUAAGACAAAGGUAUGGUAGGAUUGUUAAGCUCGACGGAGGCCUAUUGUUAGCCGGGUCGCACUUUUCUGGAGAAUACCAAUCCGCCGGAAGGAAAGUGGAAUUUGUUCUACAAUUCAACAAUUGCACUCACACUUGUGUGUUCUCAGUGUGGAUAGGAUUCAGAGGCGGAUCUUUUUCUUUUCAGACUCGACAAGAGACAGAUAUAGCUCAGUUCUCUUCAAGUCAAGAAGUUACAUUAGGAUGGUACACAAGAAGUUUCUUGGACAUAGCGUAGCCUCAAACCUAAAUUUGUUGUGACAGCUUGACCACUGGCGCUGCUUGAUCUAAGAAAAAUAGCCUUUGGUUCUUUGGCGUACAAUACAUUGUCAUCAUAAAUACAGAUUAUAAAGGACUUGUCCAAGCCUAGAUUUAUAAAUAUGAACCUUUACGGAUGUAUCCCAGUGUCCUAUUUCCCGUCUCAUUCGACCUUGACCUACUGGGCACAAGCUGCGUCUUUAGCUGGUCUGCCGACCUCUGACCCAGCGAUCACUUCCGCCAGCUUGGCCCUGAGUCUAAAGAAGUCGCAGUUUUCACAGUUCACCAUCAACGACGCUAUCCAGAAAAGUCGGAGCGCGGCGUCCUUGAGGACCUCCAGCGAAGACGCCCCUUCCUCGUUCCGGGUGACGACGAGGAUAGCCACGCCAACCAGCGAGUCCGGCCUGAAUUUGUCCCACCUCCACCAUCAUGGUCACCACCACCAGGGCCACAUGCAGCUUCCGACCAGACUUCAGCAGCAUCGGCAGCAGCAGGGCCACCACCACCAUCACCACCUUCAGCACCGCCCCUUUUCCGCCACACCACCGCCGGUGGGGAGCGGAAUAGCGCCCUUGCAAGCACUUUGCGAUUCGGAUGUCUCCGCCUUCACGGCCAAGACUUCGUCAUCUUCCGCCACGUCUGCUUCCGGCAAUGACAGCAAAGAUAAUCUCAAGUUCGGAAUGAGUCGGAUUCUCUCGGACGACUUCGGAAAAGUAAAAUCGGAGAAAGAAAACAAUUUCCAGUUGAGCAAUGUGCCAGAGUCGUGCCGGUCGCUUCCUCUGUGUCCAUGCAACUCAGCCUCAUGUCCAGCUUACACCAGGCUCCAGUCGCCCUACUCUGCAGGCUCGCUGCCCACACUGUCUGCCGUGCACGCCCUGCAGCCCCCCAACUACCCACUCAGUAGUUCGGCGGACGCUUUACCAGGUCCUUACUCCAUCUUGAGUACAGACGGCGCAUCCGGCAACCAGCCGAAACGGAAGAGGUCCUGGUCACGUGCCGUGUUCUCCAAUCUCCAACGCAAAGGUUUAGAAAAGAGAUUCGAAGUGCAGAAGUACGUCACCAAGCCAGACAGACGACAGCUGGCGGCCAUGUUGGGCCUAACCGAUGCGCAGGUGAAAGUUUGGUUCCAGAAUCGUCGCAUGAAAUGGAGGCACGCUCAGCAGCAAGGGGAGAAGGAUAAACAAAUUACGCCACAGGAAGACUUCUCCAAGCCUGACGGGAAGUACAAAGAAUCAGGGAAACACGUGACCAAAAGAGAGGUCGUGUCGCCAAAAGAGAACAUCGCUUUCAUCAAGCCGGAUGUGGACGAGGCAGACCUGCGAGCUAGACUCGUGGACACGCCUCCCCACCACGACUCGGGCGUCUGCUUGAUGUCUCCGUCUCACGAUGUUGACGUCUGCUCCGGGCAGUUUGUCGCUUCGUCCGAGCUCUUGGCAGACGACUAUCGCCUGCACAGGAUGGCGGAGCUGGAGCGGUACCGGGAGCCGCACAGCGAGACACACAUCUCACCACCCCAGCGACGAAGCAGACUCAGCCUAAGCUCUCUGGACGAUUCCUCCUGCCACGACUUGUCCCGCGACGAUCGCAAGGAGUGUGGCGAAGACAGCCAUUCAGAAAUGGACAGCGAAGACUCUUGCAGUGAAGCCACCAGUCAGACCGGAAGCUAUUUCUACCAAAAGCAAGAGGAGGAGGAUUCUGGGAACUUUCACGAUGACGUCAGCGUCAGGGAAAUUGAUGUAGACAAUUGAUGUAGACAAUUGAUUUGAUGGUAUUGUCCACGUGACUUUGCCUGAAAUAAAUGUGUUUAUUUAUGUAAAAAACUUAAAAUGAACAUUUUAUUAAAGUAUGAUUACAGUCCAACCCAAUAUUUAUUCGCACUACUAAUUUAUGCGAAUAAUUUCACAAACUUUGUGUCUUCAGCCUUCUAAAGGCAUUCUUUGACAUAUUUUAAUAAUAAUAUAAUAAGUAACAAGAGUAAUAAUUUAUUAUCUGUUUUGUAAUCUUAAUGUACUGAAUAAAAAAAUUUAUUAAACUUCUUCGUUCUCAUUUUUCAUGUCGGAAGGUUCAGACGGAGUAAUCCUAUAUCUGAGAUGAACCGCGCAGUAAUUUCCAGAUCAACCAGUUCUCUAUAAAGAGUUUUUCUUCUACGGAAUGUUUCGGCGCCAGUGUCUUGUUUAAAACUCCUAUAUCUGAGAUGAAUUGCGCAGUAAUUUCCAGAUCAACCAGUUCUCUGUAUAGUUUUUCUCCUACAGGAAUGUUUCGGGGCCAGUGUCUUGUUUAGAAUUCUCGAUAGAGUUAGGGAACCACUGAACUGGUUUGAAGACCGGAAUUUUUUAAUUUCGGGAUCUUUGGGCGCCUCUGGGUUAACCCAGCUCUAAUGGGUACCUGACGUUAGUUAGGGAAAAGUAAAGGCGAUUAGUCGUUGUGCUGGCUACAUGACACCCUCGUUACCCGUAGGCCACAGAAACAGACGACCUUAACAUCAUCUGCCCUGUAGACCGGAAGGUUCUGAAAGGGGGAACUUUUAUAAACGGUCCAUUUCAUCGACAAUAUUAUGGAAACUUCAUAUGAGGGUAUCGCGUCGUAUGUAAACAUAAAAUUCAAGUAUAAAUAGUAGGCCUAGAAUCCAAAAGGGAACAGAGUAUUAUACGUAGUAGUCUCCCAUUAUUGAUAGAAAAUCGCUGAUCCUUCGCUUCACGUCUGCAAGACUGUACAAAAAAAAAAGUUCGGAUAUUUUGACAUCCGGAUAAAGGACGCUGUACUGCGAUAUGCGAUAUAUUUAAAGUUAACAGUAAGCCUUUUAAUAGACUUAUAGAUCUAUGACUGGAUUUAAAAUAUUUAAAACUUGGAACGGUUCUGUCAAAGUUCUGUAACUACUUUCACUUUUUUUUUGGUUUCUUUUCCUAAGUCUAACUUUUGUUUAUUUAGUUAAACAUGGUGAUUUGAUUUUGUCAACAAAACUUCUGUCUCCAUGGAGAACCAAAAACAACAUAAUUUUUUUUUAAACCUUUUGUAUGUAUUUAAGCUUAUGAUCUUUUUUUUUUUUUUUGUUUUUUGUUUUUUGUCUGUCAAUAGUGUACGUCAGUGUACGAUUUAGUUUCAGAAAACAAAAGUUGUUUAAAAAACAAAUAUAUUUUUGUAAAUAAUAAAACACAAAUUUUGUCCAACUUUGUACGAAACAAUUAUCUGAGAAAAUUAAAAAUUUUUGAUCAAUGGC